AUGGCACCGAAAACCAGUGGAAAGGCUGCCAAGAAGUCCGGAAAGGCGCAAAAAGUCAUCGUCAAGGGAGAGAAGAAGAAGAGGAGACAGCGCAGGAAAGAAAGCUAUGCCAUCUACAUCUACAAGGUGUUGAAGCAAGUCCACUCGGACACCGGGGUCUCGUCGAAGGCCAUGAGCAUCAUGAACAGCUUCGUCAAUGACAUCUUCGAACGUAUUGCUGCUGAGUCGUCCCGUCUGGCUCAAUACAACAAACGCUCGACGAUCACCUCCCGCGAAAUCCAAACUGCUGUCCGUCUGCUGCUGCUGGACUUUGCUCGGGCUGCCGUACACCGAAAUAACAGCAAGAAGAAGAUCGAGAAGGACGGUGAGAAGGGCGUUCCGUCGGUGAAGCUGUUGAUUCGUGAUAAGAACGACAAAGACAAGGUAAAUUUAGAAAAGCUGCUGGAGGCGAUUUGA